AUGCUUCUAUUGACAGUUAGGAAAAUUUACUCUCAUGUCGGAGAGAUGCGUAGACUAGGACAGACUACUAUCUCACGGAUAAUCCUGCGCGAUGGAGUUCUCUAUUACAUAGGUAUAUUCUUGAUUGCCGUUGCAAGUGGCUCUCUUCGGAUUGUAGGCGUCACUAAUCCCAAUUUGUUUGGGCGGGUAUUCGCCGGCAUAUUGACCCCGUUCUUCUCUGUAAUUCCUAAUGUCUUGGUCAACCGUCUGUUCCUCAACCUCCGGAGCUAUCAGAAUCCAAGCUACGGAUUGUCCUCCAGUGACACAACACUCCCCGCACCUGUGUUCGCUCAGAAUCGCCCAAACCGCUUUCUGGGCAACAUCGGAGAGCCUCUCGACUAUGGGCAAUGGGACGACGUUUUGGAUGAAGAGGGUGUUGAUGACGGAGCUGCUGAGAAUAAACCGGAGCUCAAUGACAUACGGGACCCAUUGACUACUCUUGUUCCAGUCGUCUACGAAGGAGCCGGCGCAGAGAAUAUUGAGAUGGUAUUUAUGCAACGAGACACUAUGCCGUCUGUUGGACCAUAG